CAGGAAGCCAGAAUGAGUUUCUUAUUCGAGAUUUUAACCACUAGAAAAGUUUGCAAAUGUCAAAUGUUACAUAUAAACAAGCAAAGACACAAUCACGGGACUUCUGCCAACAAUGAACAGUGCUAAAAUUGAACUAAACAAGAAUUCUAGAAAAGCCUUGAAUGCCUCUCAUUAGCACCUUGAACAGUACCUCUCGCAGGACGCCAAAAGAAGUUCUCUUACAUAAUCGACACGACACAUGCGCCAGAAGGAAAAAUAGUAAGUACGAAGAUGAAAAAGUUCGUAGGGGAAAAGGAGAGAAUAGAAUAAAAAUGAAUUGAGAGAAAUAAUUUUUCUUUUUGUACAUUUGAAUUUGUAAUUCUCUUAUAUAUUAUUUAUUGUGAUUUUAAGUGUGAAAUAAGGUCUUUUUAUUAUUGAGAAAAAUAGAUAACCAAGGAAAGGAAGUGAAGAAAUCGACUUCUAUCAUUUUAAAAUUGCAAAGAACCGAUUUAAAGGAAGAUCAAAAGAGAAAAAGAACUAUUUAAAGAAAGACGAAAGAAAUUCAAUAUAUAGCACGAAAGACUAUCACUAGAAAUAAGCUGAAGAACUUGAAACGAAAGAGUAAAAUAAAGGAGAAAGAUAACAAGGAACAAGAGUAUUUAACAUUACAUAGAACACAAGAAGGUAUUGAACCUAAAAAUAUAACGUCAAAACCGGAUUGAUUUAAAAGAAAACAAUGAACCAGUCCAACAAUACUCAAGACGAGACGUAUUGCAAGUUCCAUGAACCCGACUCGAGCACUGAGAGAUGGAUUAAAUUUAUAGCACUUUUAGUUUUCAUUGGAAUUGGUUUUAUUGGCAACGUAUUUGUCAUCAUACUUGCAGUCAAGUUCACUGUAAAAAGGAGUUUGCACUUUCUGAUCAUAAAUGUGGCUGUCGCAGAUAUUCUGUUCGACCUUGCCAAUCUUUUCUUCGAAGUGACAGCAUUUUUCAGAUAUGAUUUAUAUAAUCGUGUCAACGUAGCCUUAGCCGAGACUUUUUGCAAAACAUCGGUAUACAUUUACAGGGUAUUCUUAAGCGAAUCUCUUUUAACCUUGCUCAUUAUCAGCAUUGAAAGAUAUAGAGUCACAAGUCAGACAGUCCGCAUAUCACGCCCUUUUUCCAGAAAACGAGGUUUGGUAAUUAUUGCCUGUUCUUGGAUCAUAGCACUGGUAACCAAUUUGUAUCUUCCCAUUUUCAGAAACGUUGUAAAGAGAAAUUCAGCAUAUGUUUGUAUAACUAAAUUAGAGAGAACACCAGCGAUCGUGUUCUACCUCAUUUCAAUGAACUCAAAACUCUUUUUCUGCUUGGCGAUGGUAGUUGUAUGCAUUUUGACCCUACGAAAGUUAUCCAAAGUAUCCGCCAUUGAAAGCAGCAUCUCUUACUACCAAAGGCUGAAAAGAAAAAAGCGAAUUCGAGGAGCUGUAAACAUGGUGUUGUAUUCGUUACUGCUUUCUUCAUCUUGGUUCAUCCCAACAUACACUCUCGCCAUCUUGAUGAAUUUCACAAGACUUUUCGCCACGUAUUGCAUCGAUUGGCGGACAAUUCAAUUCCUGGCUUUUGAAUUUUUCCCCAUUUUAAACAUUUGCUUGAAUCCUUGCAUCUAUUGUGCCUGUCUAACUGAUUUCCGUAAGGCUGCUAGAAGAUUACUAUGUUGUGACAAUAGAAUCAGCGUUUCCAGAGAAAAUACCAUUGAAACAGUUACCGCGCAUCGUUUAGAGUCUACUCGAAUGUAGAAUUGACAACUUGAAUUUCCCCUUGUAAAUUACAUAGUAUGUAAUAAUGAUUUUACUGGAUUCCUACAUAUUUUAUCGUACAAAAUUCAAGCUUUUUAAGAAUUAAUUUUUAAUUUUCAAGGACACCAAUUACAAAGAGAA